AUGCACGCCGCGUUGUCGUCCAAGCUCUCCACCGUCGCUCUGCGCAUCGCGCCCGCGCGCGUCGACGCGCGCGCGCCGCGUCGCGCCGUCAUCGAGUGCGCGCACAAGAAGGGGACGGGGUCGACGAAGAAUGGCCGCGAUUCCAACCCGCAGUACCUCGGCGUGAAGAAGUACGGCGAGGAGAAGGUGCAGGUCGGAUCGAUCAUCGUUCGUCAGCGAGGGAACAAGUUCCACGCCGGCGCCGGCGUCGGCACCGGGAAGGAUUUCACCCUCUUCGCGCUCAGAGACGGCGAAGUCAUGUUCAAGGUUGGCGCGAACAAGAAGAAGUUCGUCACCGUCGUCGAUACGGUCGACCGUUCCGGUCGCGCCGACGGUCAACCGACGCGUAAGGAUAAGCGCAAGGCGAUGUACUCGCCGCGCGCCGUCGUUCGCGCCGCGCUAGAGGAGGGCAUCUCCGCGCCGGGCGUCGAGCGCGUCGCUCGUUAA